AGAAGGGGCUUGGAGUGAAUAAUAACAAUCAUUUGCCCCUUCGUCCAAAGAGCUCACAAAACUUUGCUGGCACUAACUUGUUCAGUCUCACAGGUCCCUGUGCGCUGGGUGGGUGAGUGCCAUUCCCAUUCGACAUAUAGGGAAGGGCCCCACAGUGGGUGAAGCUGAAGAUAGAACCAAGGAAUCCUGUCUGUCUGUUUGCCCCAGCACUAACCACCUGACCACUCUUCCAGAGCCAAGAAGAGAGCCCGGGAGUCCUAACUCUUGGCCCUGGCUCUCACCACAAGACCAGGCUGCCUUCCCUGCAGCCCAGAGAGUUCUGCUUUGAGUGCUGGCCGAAAGGAUCAUGAUUUAAAUAGUAACAAUGACAAGUAACACAGUAAAAGUUGAUGAAAAUAGAAGUAAGCGUAGAAAGGAGAUGGAGAAUGAAGCUUCAGAAAGUCCUCAGUUGUCCUCCCUGGAAAGACCAGACUUGGCUCUUUCUGAAAGCUCACAGUCACUUUACAAACCUGAAGCACUGGAAAAGGUUUUAAAUGUUCUAAAGGACGUUCUGCCGAGCCCACAACAGGAGCCGGUCACCUUCAGCAACCGGAAGGGUUUGCAAUGCAUCUCCCCACUAAUGAGAAGUGUGGAAGAGACUCCUCAGCCCAUCCUGACAAAGGUCAAAGGGCACAUUCCCAAGUGGCUUACUGGCAGCCUGCUAAGGAACGGGCCUGGGAAGUUUGAGUUUGGAGAGGAGAAAUUUAACCAUUGGUUUGAUGGCAUGGCCCUGCUGCAUCAGUUCCAACUGGAAAAUGGCAUCGUGACUUACAGGAGCAAGUUCCUGCAGAGUGAUUCCUAUGUGACUAACAGCCGGCACAAUCGGAUCGUGGUCUCGGAGUUUGGAACCCUGGCUAUGCCGGACCCGUGCAAGAGCAUCUUUGGGCGCUUCAUAUCAUGGUUUGAGAUGCCACGGCCAAUGGAUAACUCUAGUGUGAACUAUGUGGUGUACAAGGGAGACUAUUAUGUCAGCACUGAGACCAACUUCAUGCGCAAAGUGGAUCCAGAAACUCUGGAAACCAAGGAGAAGGUGGACUGGAGCAAAUUCGUUGUGGUGAAUGGAGCAACAGCCCAUCCACAUUAUGAGCCUGAUGGGACAGCAUACAACAUGGGCAACUCUUAUGGGAAACAUGGUUCCAGCUAUAACAUUAUUCGGAUUCCUCCGCAGAAGUCAAACCGCGAUGACACUUUGCAGGGAGCAAAAGUUUUGUGCUCCAUCGCUCCAGCUGAGAAGAUGAAACCCUCCUACUAUCACAGCUUUGGAAUGAGUGAGAACUACGUGGUCUUCACUGAGCAGCCCAUCAAGAUUAAUCUGUGUCGGGUCAUCACAUCCAAGUUCCUUGGGAAGCCCAUUGCUGAUGGGAUAAACUGGGAGCUGCAGUACAAAACCCGCUUCCACGUGGUGAAUAAGCACACGGGAGAGCUGCUUCUGGGGCAGUUUUACAGCAAGCCCUUUGCUGCUUUCCAUCAUAUCAACGCCUUUGAAGAUCAGGGCUGUGUGGUCCUUGACCUCUGCUGCCAGGAUGACGGAGGGAGCCUACAAACUUACCAGCUCCAAAACCUGCGCAAAGCUGGGGAGGGUCUGGAUCAGAUCUAUAACUCGAUAGCCAGAGCUUUCCCCCGCCGCUUUGUUCUACCACUGAAUGUGGAUUCAAGCGUGCCCGUGGGACAGAACCUCAGCCCCUUGUCCUACACGUCAGCGAGUGCUGUGAAAGAGGUGGAUGGGACGGUCUGGUGCAUGCAUGAAAAUCUCCAUUCCGAGGACCUGGAGGAGGUAGGGGGCAUGGAGUUCCCCCAGAUUAACUACUCGCGGUGCAACGGCAGGAAGUACCGCUUCUUCUACAGCUGCGGCUUUCGGCACCUGGUGGGAGAUUCGCUGAUCAAGAUGGAUACAGAAACCAAGAAAAUGAAGAUUUGGCAAGAGGAUGGAUUCUAUCCUUCGGAGCCUGUGUUUGUGCCAGUGCCUAAAGCCACUGCAGAAGACAGUGGAGUCCUUCUGUCUGUAGUGGUCACACCGUCGCAGAACCAAAACACUUUCCUGCUUGUCCUGGAUGCAGAGACCUUCAGCGAACUGGGCCGCGCAGAAGUCCCAGUGCAAAUGCCUUAUGGAUUCCAUGGCAUCUUUGUCCCACGUUAAUGGAGAAGCCAGCUACUUCGUACUAGAAGCUCAGUGUGAAUCUCUGCUUUUCCUUUCCUUUCGCUCUUGCAUUGUGCCUUUGGUGAAGGAACUGCCUCUGUAGCCCCCAAGCCUGUUCUCUGUGCUGCUGCAAUAUUAUUAAUACGUAGUGAAUGGGUCUGAAGCUAAUACUGCGCAAGGCAAUAGCACCUUCUCCAGAAGAGCCCACUGCCUUGGCUCACUCCACUGUCCUGCUCUGCCGAUCUGCUGUAACCCCCAUGCUGCCAUGAGCUGGGCAGGCAAGGGAGGCAGCAGGUGCCCAGAGAGCCCACUUCUUCCCAGCACCAAUGUGCUCUGAGCGGGAGAGGCCAGUCAGCAGCUCUGCUCAGAGUGGUGGCUUUGGCUGUAGUGCACAAAGCAAAAGGCAAGACAGGAUCAAGGGAAGGAGGGAAAAUUGCCUCUUCCGAGUCCCAAGUGUGCCACUGCUUCUUCAGGAAACUGUCUCAACUCAGCCAGGAAGAGCAGAGAGGGUGCUGCCCCACUUGGCAGCUGGAAAAGGUCAGUUCCAGUUUGUGCAAACAUCACAACUCAAAGAAAAAGGAUGACACCUUUCUCCAUGCUGUCAUUGAAACCCUGCAUAUGUUAAACCAUGCCAUUGCCACGCACCCCUAGUGCAACCAGUGUGGGUCAAACACCCCUCUAUUGUGUCCCUGCCACGCCCUCUGGUGAAACCAGCAUGGGGCAAACACACCUUGACAUGUGCCCACAGCAAAACUAGUGUGAGUCAAACAUGCCCCUGACACCUUCCCGGUAUGUCCCCCAGUGAAACCAGCAUGGAUCAAACAUGCCUCUGACACACCCCUGCUACACCCCCCAGUGCAACCAGCAUGAGUCAAAUGCCCCUACCAUGCACCCACCCCAGUGAAACCAGCAAGAAUCAAAUAUGCCCCCACACCACAUCCUGUCGUGAAAUCAGCGUGGGUCAAACACAUCCCUGUCACACCCCCAUUAUACCCCUGACAAUCCACAGUGAAACCAGCAGGUGACAAACACAGCUAUUUUUAUUUUUCUGCUUAGGCACACACAGAGGGCAUUGCAUUAAUUGACCUUCCGCCGGUCAAAUAUAACUGUCAUUCAUUCAUCUUUCAGAUAGAUUGGCAAGUCUCUUAUGCUCAGAUGCUUUAGUUGUGGUGGGAUGGGUGAAGAGGGAAUGGGUUGGUUGGUUGGUUGUGGAGGCCACAUGCAGCAGCUUAUCUGUCUGGCCGUACUAAUAAAAGACUGCUCACCGUGAUUGGUACCUGGGGAACGGGCUCCACUUCUUGCUCAGGGACUUCUUGGGUCAUACAUUUUAAAGGCCAGAAGGGACCAUUAUGAUCAUCUCUUCUGAGCUCCUCCAUAACAUAGAGGGCCCCACCCAGACAUUUCUGCAGUUGUUCAUGCUUAUGCAGGUGCAAGGGCGCAGAAAUCCAGUACCUGGGCAUGUAUUGCUUCAGAAAUACUACACUACCCCCCUUCCCUGAAUAAAGAGCCCAGCCUCCGCCCCUGGACUUUGGCGGCUGGCGUUCACUACACACAAGCUAGGCUGCUCUGCUGUGUACCUAGCUCCAAAGCAGCAUGUAGGCCAAAUAAAGAAACAGAUUACUGAAUUAGCACAGUAA